UGAUGUUUGGCUACACUUACAGAUGAUAUUAUUUUUACCACUAAAAUUAGACAGGCUGUUUUCGCGGGGUCGGUGCUCGAACCUUUGCGUGACCUGGAAAUAGACGUCAAGGCUGAAAAGCCAAUCAAAGACCAACGCGGUUGGAUGUUAUUUUACUGUGGCUAAGCUGGACGUCACAUCGUCAUCUUUGCCCUUUCCUCUUUCCCCUAGCGGUUCCCAUUAUUCCAAUCCCUUACAAUAACAAAGGCCAGAGGAGUGACGCUUGCUUGCUUAGUAUUGGAAUCCACUCCCCCGUUUCCAUGGACGCAUCGGAGGACAACCAGCCCAAGGAGUACACCAUGAGCGGCGGCGGCGGAGGGGGGAUGACGAGCAUCCACGUGACGGCCCUGGACGGGCUGGUGAACGUGAACUCCCUCUUCACCAUCGCCGUCUUCGUGGGGGUGUCCAUCGCCGCCCCCGGCCAGCGCAGCCUGGAGGGGCGGUCCACGUGCGACGCCGGCCCCGACGUGGCCCGCAACCUCCUCGUCUUCGAGGUGGUCUCCUUCAGCUUCUUCCUCUUCUCCAGCCUCGUCGCCCAGGGCCUCAAGCUGGCCAUCAACCUCCUCAACAGCAACGACGUGGACGAGGCCUUCCGCGCCCACAUCAACGCCCGCGUGCUCCGCCUCGGCAUGCUCGCCUCCGCCGUCGGAUCCGUCAUGGGCUGCCUCUUCCUCCUCCUCUCCAUGGUCGACGUCAUCCAGAUCCGCCUCGGCCUACUCUCCUGCGGCAGCCAGUCCGCCGUCCGCGCCGUCGCCACCCUCGUCACCCUCGUCUGCACCGCCCUCGCCGUCUACAUCGCCACCAUCUUCUACGCCUUCACCCACUAAUAUAAACCCUCCCUCUUCUCUUCCGCUUCCAAUUCACAAACUCGGUUAUCUUUCUACCGAUUUCAAUGUAAUGUGAUGCGGGGCAGCAUUUUCUAGAUGGACACAACUUUGCCUCAAUCUGAGGUGCUUCUUUCGAUCA